AAUCAGUCUCUCAAGAUGACCAUCGUACAAGCCACUUAUGAAGAGCGAGUACAUCUGCGACGAGUGUCUGCAGACUUCNCCCCUACACCACCGGACUCGGAUCUAAGCGACACAGAGAAGUCGACCAGCAAAACAGAUUCGACAGAUUUUCCUCUGCCUCCACCAUCACACCCACCGACAGAGAUCAACCCAUUAGACCACAAGACACCUGACGGAUGGCUACCACGAGAUUCUAGACUUAUUCGGUUAACUGGAGCACAUCCAUUCAAUUGCGAAGCUCCUCUUACGGAUCUUUACAACGAAGGAUGGUUGACAAGUCCCGAACUGUUCUAUGUAAGAAACCAUGGUCCUGUGCCUCAGGUCAACGAUGAAGAUAUCCCAGACUGGGAGUUUACACCACUCACAAUCAAGUUCAAAGACCUUGUCCGAGAAUACGACCAGAUUACAUGUCCUGUGACACUCGUCUGCGCUGGCAACAGACGGAAAGAACAGAACGUUGUCCGUAAGACCAAGGGGUUUUCGUGGGGUGCUGCUGGUGUGUCCAAUGCUCUGUGGACUGGUGUGAUGAUGCAUGAGAUUCUGAAGAAGGCUGGGUUGAAGAGAGGAGCAAGAUACGUAUGUAUGGAAGGUGCUGACAAGCUGCUCAAUUGGGCGUUGGAUCCCAACAGGGGCAUGAUGCUGGCCUACAAGAUGAACGGCGAGAUGUUGACACCAGAUCACGGCAAACCUCUGCGAGCUAUCAUUCCGGGUCAAAUAGGAGGUCGUAGCGUCAAGUGGCUCAAGAGACUCAUCAUCACCGACAAGCCGAGCGACAACUGGUACCACAUCUACGACAAUCGGGUUCUGCCAACGACCGUCUCCCCUGAGGAAUCGGCGAAUGACAAGAACUGGUGGAUGGACGAGAGAUAUGCCAUCUACGACUUGUCAACCAACUCCGCAAUGGCACAUCCAGUCCACGAAGAACAAUUGUGUAUUGUCGGUGCACCACAGAACUACCGUGUCAAAGGAUACGCCUAUGGUGGUGGUGGUCGACGUGUCACCCGUGUUGAAGUCACCCUAGACAAAGGCAAGAGCUGGCGUCUUGCCAAUGUCGACUAUGCCGAAGACAGAUAUCGAGAAGCAGGCCCUGUUGACCUCUACGGCGGCAGAUUGAACAUGGAAUGGAGAGAAAGCUGCUUCUCCUGGGCAUUCUGGAACAUCGACAUCUCGGUCGACGACUUGAAGGACGCCAAAGAUAUCAUAUGUCGAGCCAUGGAUGAGAGCAUGAACGUCCAGCCUCGCGACAUGUACUGGAGUGUUCUGGGCAUGAUGAAUAACCCUUGGUACCGAAUUGCCAUCCACCGAGAAAACGAUUAUCUGCGCUUUGAGCAUCCCACGCAACCAGCUCUAAUGCCGGGCGGCUGGAUGGAACGGGUGAAGAAGUUAGGAGGAAAUCUUGCCAAUGGCUAUUGGGGCGAACAGCUUGGGAGCUCAGAAGCACCGGAGCCGGUUACAGAGGCAGCAGAAGACGUCAAAAUGACCAGAGAUGGAGUUGACAAGAAGAUUACGAUCGACGAUCUGCGCAAACACGACACUGAACAGCAACCGUGGUUCGUCGUGAAUGGAGAAGUGUAUGAUGGCACAGCAUUUAUGGAAGGUCAUCCUGGAGGUGCCCAAAGCAUCGUCUCGGCAGCUGGACUGGACAGUACCGACGAAUUCAUGGCCAUCCACAGUGAGACUGCCAAAGCUAUGAUGCCAACUUAUCACAUCGGUACGCUGGACGAGGAAGGCAAGCGAGCAUUGAGCGGCGAAGAAGUGCAGCCCGACGAAAACGCGACACCUUCGGCAACUUUCUUGCAUCCACGUACAUGGAAGAAGGCUAUCCUACAAUCAAAGACCACGGUCUCCUGGGACAGUCGUAUCUUCAGAUUCAAGCUCGAAACUGAGGAUCAAGCACUUGGUCUCCCUACUGGCCAGCACCUCAUGAUGCGUUUGCGCGACCCCGUCACGCGUGAGGCUAUAAUCCGCUCUUAUACACCAAUCUCAGAAACAGCCGAAAAGGGCUUCAUUGACAUUCUGAUCAAGGUGUAUUUCAAGAACGGCACGCAAGAGGGAGGAAAGAUGUCGCAAGCUCUGGACUCUUUACCCAUCGGUCACUUUGUCGACUUCAAAGGCCCAAUUGGCAAGUUCCAAUAUCUGAGCCAAGGUCUAUGUGCCAUCAACGGCAUUGAACGACGCAUCUCACAAUUUGUCAUGAUCUGCGGUGGAUCGGGUGUCACGCCAAUCUACCAGGUAUUCCGUGCAGUGAUGCAGGAUGCUGGCGACAAGACCAAGUGCACAUUGCUAGAUGGCAAUCGCCUUGUCGAAGACAUCCUGUGCAAGGGCGAGCUAGACAGCUAUGCCAAGGACAACGAGCACAAAGCAAAGCUUCUGUACACGCUCACUCAAGCACCAGACCACUGGGAUGGUCUGAGAGGGCGUAUCGCCGCGCCGCUACUUGCUGAACAUGCCAGUAAAGAAGCACUCAAGCUCGAUUCGACCGAGCAAGCUCUGGUGUUGAUCUGUGGACCUGAAGCACUCGAGAAAAGUUGUCAUGCCGCGUUGCUACACCAAGGGUGGCGCGAUGAUGAGUUGCUCUUCUUCUAA